UACCUGUCACUGAUGGGAUCUUAUCGACUUCUGUUGCCUCAAAUCCCUUAACGCCUCCAUGGAGAUCAUCCAGGCCACCCAGGUUUCCUUGCUGCCUCAGGAAGCCCCUACAGCCACCUGGAGCAACAGCUCUGUGCCGCCUUACUCCCAUUUCCUGCUGCUCUCCACUCCCUCUGAACCGGUUCUCAGCUUCACUCCAACUGAUGCCCCUUUCCUCUUUAGCACCUGUCUGAACUGCACCAAACCUGAACCUGGAUCGCUCCCUGGUUUGGCUGGAAUCUUCAUUCCUCUUAUCUAUGGGAUAGUGUGUGUCGUUGGCCUGGUGGGAAACACUCUGGUCAUCCAUGUUAUUGUCAACUACACCAAGAAUGAAUCAGUCACCAACAUCUACAUCCUUAACUUAGCCAUUGCAGACGAGCUCUUCAUGCUGGGUCUGCCCUUCUUGGCGGCGCAGAACGCUCUGCUCUCCUGGCCCUUCGGCUCUCUAAUGUGCCGCGUGGUCAUGACGGUGGACGCCAUCAACCAGUUUACCAGCAUCUUCUGCCUGACGGUGAUGUCAGUGGACCGCUACCUGGCCGUGGUGCACCCCAUCCGCUCCUCUUGGUGGCGGCGUCCCCAUGUGGCUAAGGCCAUCAGUACCACAGUUUGGGCAGGGUCCUUCGUGGUGGUGCUGCCGGUGGUGGUAUUUGCCGAUGUGCUGAAGGACGAUGGGAACUGCAGCAUCGUGUGGCCGGAGCCAGCAGAAGUGUGGAAGACAUCUUUCAUCGUGUACACGUGCACUGUUGGUUUCUUCUGUCCGCUGCUGGUCAUCUGCUUGUGCUACCUGCUGAUAGUCAUCAAGGUGCGAACCGUUGGAAAACGGGCACAGGCCACAUCCUCUCGACGCAGGAAGUCAGAGCGUAAAAUCACCAGGAUGGUAGUUGUCGUGGUGGCCGUGUUUGUCCUCUGCUGGCUACCGUUUUACGCUCUGAACAUCAUCAACCUCCUGGUGGUGCUGCCGGGGGACUUCAGGGGGCUCUACUUUUUUGUUGUCGUGCUGUCAUAUGCGAACAGCUGCGCCAACCCCAUACUGUACGGAUUUCUGUCCGACAACUUCAAGAGAGGCUUCAGGAAGGCCCUGUGCCGCACUUCACGCAGGGUGAAGAGCAACGACAGGGCCGGCACUGAGGCACAGCGGCCCACAGAGGAGUGGGGCGGCAUCGUGCUUCAAAUGCAAAAAAGUGAAGGAGUCACCAAGGCGCAUAGGGAAGACUGUGGUGAAAACGAAGACCAGGAGGAAAUCAACGGAACAGAAGGGGCCGUACAGAUGAGUGAAAUACGCAAAAUGUCAGAAAAUGGAAACCACAGUGGAGUAACGGAUGGCUCAAGGACACAGGCGGUGCAGAGGGGUAAGCCUGAGCCGGAGGACUCUGGUCAAAGUGCCAAGCAACUGAGUGGAAAAGGCCCAGGCCUCGAUCCUGCUGAGGCAGUGUCCUCUCUGCCCGGUCGAAACAGCAGGUCACAACCUGAAGAACUCCUGGAUAAAAACUCUGUGCUUGAAAUCAGCUAUCUGUAACAGACGUGAACCUGUUUCCAGUGGAUUUUGGCACAGGCCAGUUAAAUCAAUUCUCAGAGAUGUGCGCAUUGUUAACGAUGAAAGUCUUUCUGCAACGGUGCGAGAAUGUAAAAAAAAAAAAAAGAAGCAGACAUGAUGUUAACCGUGUUGGAUGGAAACAUGAAAGGUGGGAAGUACGAGCGCAAAUGUGUUAAAUACUUUGCCUUGGAAAAUAGCCAAAGUAUUAUGAAGCUCAGUGUGACGUUAUCUUUGCAAAUAGUCUAAGACAUGAAGAAACAGUGGUAUCAUCAAGACUGACACAUUUUUUUCUUGAUGGUUUUGUCUUAAUUUCUCACUCCUGAUCUUGAGAGUGAGAUUAUUGUACCAACUGUCAUGGUAAUUUAGACUGAGAAAAGCCCAGAUUUUCUACCUAAUCAGCCAUCAGAGAUUGAUGUUGGUGGUCUGGCUUCAGCGACUCUUCUAAGUAAAUGAUCUACUACACGAAAGACCAUCAUUAAUUUAUUUAUUGCUGUUAUGCUGCAGAAAACUGCCACGUUUUUUUUUUUUUUUUUUGUAAGGAUCAGGAACAUCUUGCACUGAAAUGGCUAAUGCGCUGUAUGAAUCAUGUCCCAAUGGGAGACACUGCAACCCAUGGUGAAAUGACAAACGUCAGCUAUGUUAACCUUUUACUUUUACUGCUUCGGCUUUUACUGCAGCCGGCACAGGUGAAUUGUAGGCCACUGUUUACACAAACACAUCUCUCAGUCUGUUGUUUAGCGGUUUUUAUUUUUUGUGCUUUCUUUUUCCUCCUUCAAGGUUAACUUGCUUUAGCUUGUUACAUGAGAUGUGCAAUAGCAACACAUAAAAACACUCUCUAAAUAGGUAUAGAGGAGGUUUCAAGAACAGGUGCAAUGAUUCAACUAUAAAUGCAAGAGGCUGAUUAAUCAGCAUGAUUACUGCACAGGUGUGUCUUGGGUUGGUCACAAUGAAAUGUGCAGUUUUACAUUUAUUAGGUACUGAACUGUGUGACUUGAGCUACAGAUAUGCAUUUUUUUUGAGGGGGGGGGUAUUUUGUGUGCUUCAAAAUAGUCUUAGAUAGUAGAUUUCAGCUAAUGGAAAAAACUAAAACUGUUGCAUUUAUAUUUUUGUUCAGUAUAGCAGUAUAUAUUUAAGUCUGUUUUCUGCAAAACUGUUUAACUUCAUUUUUUUCUAUCAAAUCUAAAACAUGGUAGUGGGAACUGCACACCUCCAUGUAGGAAACGUGUUUAAAUAUGUAUAUUUCAAUCUUAAAUCCUCUUAAAUAUUUAAAUAGACCUUUAGAUGAAGAGAAUGAGACAGAUUUAAAAUCAUUGCAAAGAGUUGGUCUUCUUUUUUGGGGGAUAUUUCAUAGAUUCAAUGAUAUAAAAUAUGAAUCUGUGGCGAAUAACGCAAACAACUUUUUAACUUCUGUCACCUUUAAGACAUUCCUGUCAAGUGUGUCAAGAUAUUUUCUUGAAAAACUUCUGCUUUGUGCUCAUAGUUUAACACUUUGCUGACACAGGCAAUGUAAAGAAACUGGAUUGGUCAUGAUGGUUGAAAUAGUAGGGCUGUGUUUUGUAGUGUGCUGUGAAGUCAGUAUUUUAUGUCUAAUUAAAUCCCAGAUCGACAGGUUAUAUUACAAGGCCAACUUGCCACAUAAUUGUUUUUUUAAUCAGUCUGUUGUGUGUGAUCACAAAACGUUCAGUGUUUGUAUUAAGAUGUUGUGUUAUCAGCAUGUUGUCAAGAGCUUUGGUGAAGCACUAAAGCAAAGAGUGGUGUGGUGAGAGUGGAAUAAAUAAAUGUUUACACAUGAUAUUGUAUGUAAAUAUUUUUGCACCAUAGUAAAACCUGAUGUUGUUGCAAUCAUGUCACUUGAACUACUGCACAUAGUAUGUGCACGUAUGCAGUAUGUAAUAUAUUUAUUACAUGUAUAUAAAUGUGUAACCUUUGUCAUUUUGACCUCUGAACUCUCUGUUGAUCACCAAGAAAGACUAAAACCAAUGAAAAAUAAUCCUUCACUUUAUUUCAAAAUGCUUUUUUUUUUUUUGCUUAAGACAUCAGAGAUCUGACCAACGUUGUUGCUGCUGUUCACUUUAAACACUUCAGUGAAAAGGUUUAAACAAGUCAAAGCUGAAGUACAGUUUGUUCUGCGCUCGGUUGACGGAACAAGAGACCAAGGCUGCCCUCUAGUGGUUGAAGGUAGUAAAGGAAAAGAAGAUCUUCACUAUUGAGUAAAGCAAAAUAGGAAAUACUUUAGAAAAUAUGAGUUUUAUUCAUUUCCAAAAAAACAAAUGUGUUACUUUGUGGUGUUUUGGUCUUGUGCACUUAACAGUAACAACAUUACAGAUUUGGAUGGUAUUGUUUUAGUGCGUUUCUAGCCUUGUUGAAGCACUGGAUGCGUGUUUGAAAGGGAGGAAAUUUCACAUUAUUUCAGAUUCGUUUUUUUUUUUUUACAUGCAUCCUUUAAUUCAU